AUCAUCCAAUGGCUUCUUCAUCGAAACCCAAAAGGAUUUACGACGUCUUCUUGAGUUUCAGAGGUGCAGACUUGCGCAACAACUUUCUCAGUCAUCUCUACAAAUCUUUAGAGCAAAAUGGAAUAUACACUUUUGUUGAUAGCGAGGAGCUGAGGAAGGGAGACCAAAUAUCGCCAGUGCUUAUGAAGGCCAUCGAGCAAUCAUGCAUUGCAAUCAUCGUUUUCUCGGAGGAUUAUGCUUCCUCGCGAUGGUGCUUGGAAGAGGUGGCAAAGAUUAUGGAGUGCAAGGAACAAAAGGACCUCACUGUUCUACCAGUUUUUUAUAAAGUGGAUCCAAGAGAAGUGAGAAGGGGGAGAGAGAGUUAUGGGAGAGUUCUAGCUAAGCAUGAGUCCAAGUUCGGAAAGGAUUCGGAGGAAGUGAAGAGAUGGAAGAAAGCUCUUUUCAACGUGGGUAGCUUAUCCGGAUGGCAUUUGAACGAUGGAGAUGAGUCAAAGCUUAUACAAAAAAUUGUGAAGGAGAUCUCUAAUCACCUAGACCGAAAACCUUUGCAUGUUGCUAAGCACCCGGUUGGGAUAGAUUCCCAAGUGAUUAAGUUGAAAUCGACGUUAAAUCUGGAGUCUGAUGAUGGUAUUCUCAUGGCGGGAUUAUGGGGACAGGGAGGUAUAGGGAAGACAAGUUUAGCAAAAGCUCUUUACAAUGCUAUAUUUAGACAAUUUGAGGGUUCAUGUUUUCUGGCAAAUGUUCGAGAAACUUCAAAAGGUAGCACGGGUCUAGUUAAUUUGCAAGAAAUAUUACUAAAAGAUAUAUUAUUACUAAAAAAAAAAUUACAAGUGUCCAACGUCGAUGAAGGUAUUAAUAUAAUACAACACAGACUUGGUUGCAAGAAAGUUCUCCUCAUCCUUGAUGACGUCGAUGACUUGCGCCAAUUAAAUGCUUUAGCAGGAGAAGGCAAGUGGUUUGGUAAUGAGAGUAGGAUCAUUAUUACCACAAGAGAUAAACAUUUGCUAACUUGUCACGGGAUAAAUCAAGAUCAUGUGUAUGAAGUUGAAGCACUAGAUGACAAUCAAGCUCAUGAGCUGCUUUGUAAGCAUGCUUUUCAGAAGCACCAAAUCAAAACAGAUCUAGUGGAUAGUGCUCUGAAUUAUUGUAAAGGCCUCCCUUUAGCGCUUGAGGUGUUGGGUUCCUUAUUAUGUGGUACAUCGGAAGACAUAUGGGAAAGUACACUAAUGAAACUUUCUAGGAUUCCUAACAAAACCAUUAAUAAUGUGCUCAAAAUGAGUUACGAUGGACUAGAUGAAAAUGAGAAAGAGAUCUUUCUCCACAUUGCUUGCUUCUUUAAGGGGCAGGAAAGAGAGUAUACAAACAAGGUUCUCAACAGUUGCGAUCUCCAGACAGCUGUAGGAUUCGAAAUUCUUAUUAAGAGGUCCUUGAUAAGAAUUGAGACCAAAAUCCUAGAAAUGCAUGACUUAAUUCAAUUGAUGGGUAUGGAUAUUGUGAAACAAGAAUGUCGCGAUGAUCCCGGAAGACGCACUAGGCUAUGGCUAUAUGAUGAUGUUGUUGAUGUUUUGUCACGUGACAUGGGAGAUUGUGCUGUAAAAGCCAUAGUGUUGGAGCUACCUGAGCCGACAAACAUGUAUAUUGGUCCUGAUGCUUUUACAAAAAUGAGAAGGUUGAGAUUACUCAUCAUGCACAAUGUGCAUAAUGCUUUCCAAGGUCCUUUAUGUCUUUCUCAUGAGCUUAGAUGGUUUGAAUGGCCUGGAUGUGCUCCCUCCGUUCCAGAAUUUUCCUCUGGUCGAAAUAAAUUAGUGGGAUUUGAUGUGAGCAAAAGCAGCAUCACAGUAGUGCUAAAACAAUUUACGGACUUCCCAAAUAUGAAGUACAUGAAUUUAAGUGAAUGUGAGAUGCUAAUUAGUAUGCCCGACCUCUCAUGUGCUCCAAAUCUCGAGGAAUUGAAUCUCGAGAAUUGCAAAAAUUUGGUAGAAGCACACGAGUCUAUUGCAUAUCAUGACAAUUUACAGGUUUUGACUUUAAAGGGGUGCUCUGAACUUAGCGUUUUCCCAAAUGAGCUCAAGUCGAGAAAUCUUCGAGCUCUCCAUCUUGUAAAUUGCACAAAACUUGGAAGGUUCCCUGAUAUUCCACAAAAAUUAGGCCUAAAAGAGCUUGCUUUACAAGGGACCGCUAUUAGAGAACUUCCUACAUCAAUAGAAAAUCUAGUCUCUUUGGAGAGAAUGAAUGUAGGUGAUUGCAAGAACCUCGUAAGUCUUCCGUCUAGCAUUUACAAGUUACAAAACAUUGAAAAGUUGAUUCUUGAGGGUUGCACAAAAUUAUUCGGGUUUCCAAAGUACGAGGAUUUAGCUGAUCCACACAUGAAGACUGGACUUCCAAAGUUACUCUACUUGAACCUUAGGGGAUGUAAUCUGUCCGAAGUAAAAUUUCUUGAGAAUCUUUCAUGUUUUCCCUUGUUGGAUUGUUUAGUUCUGGCGGAGAACAAAAUUACUAGCCUUCCCACAUCCAUCAAUAAGCGUGAUAGUUUGACCUUUUUGGAAGUUCAAGAUUGCCAUCAAUUACAAGAGAUUCUUGAGCUUCCACCAUUUUUGGAUUUUUUGGGGGCGGUUAAUUGCGAAUCUCUGCAAAAGAUUGGAAAAUUUACUUCAUCUCAUGAUUUUGUCCGAAGAGUGUUUACCAUGGAUCAUAUUUUCUCACGUAACCAGGUUAGAUUCUCUCUCUCUCUCUCUCUCUCUCGUGGUUUCUUUGCCUCGCUCCCUGGAGGAGAUAUGCCAAAGUGGGUCAUCCCUGUUAAAGAGGAUUUCAUAUCUUUCAUGGUUUCAAAGGACUUGUAUGACAAAUUUCUUGGAUUUGCUCUCUGUGCCGUUGUUAAAACUGAUAACGAGACAAAGCAACACUCAGCUAAGAUUACACUUAGUGUUAACGGCAAACGUCGGCUAACCAUCGAAAAUAUUUUCGGAUUGUUGGAUUCGGAUCAUAUCUGGUUUAGCUAUAUACCUUCUAAACCACGGGGAGUAGUCGAUUUUGAUCAAAUUGAGGGGAGUUAUGCACAAUUUCACCUUGCAAUAUCUGGCAAAAUCAUAAAAAAGUUGGGAUUCCGAAUAAUAUGCAAGCAAUUAGAUGACGAUUUAGAGGGUGUGCUUCAAGACAAUCAGCUAAUUGAUCCAGCUUUCCUCUAUGAAGUUAGUCAUGACUCAACAGAUUCAGAAGCUGAGAGUUCACUAGUUCAGACUGAAAUAGAUUUGCAGAAAGACUUGGAAGACUGUCAAAUAAGCACCAAGAAGUAUAGUCAAAUAGCGCCAAAGAGAAAUCAUAAUCCUAUUCUCACUCAAGGCAUACGAACCAAGACUAUGUUGACUUCCAAUUCGGUUGGUGGAGAUGAGUACGGUGGCGUUGUUGGCUUACAGCUUUUGUUGUCAGAAUGA